AUGGAAGUGAGAGUGCUCGUUCUACUCUUUGCACUCUUGGCCUUCAUUGGGACGGUGCAAUGCGGUUUUUUUUAUAAUGCACGUCUACCGAAGCCUGCCGAAAUAAAGAGUCGGGGUCUAAAGUGUAUGCCCGGCAGAACCGUUAUAAAAAUCAGUCGAGCCUCAAACGUCACCCAAUUCGCUGAAGACGAUUACGAAGAAAUUGUAUCGAGACGAACUCACAUGAACUCGGGGGCGAAGGACGAGACGUGUCAGAUAUGCGUUUGUUCCGUGGAGGGAAAAGAUGAGUACUGCUCGAAGAGACCAGCUAAAAACGUUAACGAGUGCAUUCGAUUGGCCGUCAUAAGGGACAACGCGGAAAAAGGAUUGCCCUACGCACACGACAGGACGUUAGCUUACAGAAUCAGGAGAGAUUAUAUCUGGCAUAGGGACGAGAUCCCUUACGAAGCGAAAUCGAAAUGCCUGCGAGGCACCAGCUACUACAGCAACAGCCUCAACGCCAACGACACGGACAUCGACGUGGCCAGCGAGAUCGACUCGCUUUUAGACUACGACAAUAUCGACAUUUGCUUCUUCUGUGUCUGUUCCGUGGACGCGAAGGCGGCCGGCUGCAUCAAGAGGGAUCCUUGGUUCUGCGAGUACUACAGGAUCCUCAAAGAGCCCAACGCGAUGAGGAACAAGUACGCCAAGAUGUUCCAGCAAGACCGCCCGGCGUAUUUUCGACAGCUUUCGUACAGGAUGCGUCGCACCAUGGACGAGUCCGUGUUCGAUUUGCUAGAGAAGGGAGGGGACACCCUGUGCUGUAACCACCCCAAUGGUCACCGGCGGAACCUGCACGCGGAAGUGAGGAACAAGAUACGACAGAUGAAGAGGAAGGUCCCCAAAGAAAACAUCCUCGCUGCCAGCCCUCUGGGAGACUAUGUCGAUUUUAUUGUUAAUAAUGACUAG